GUUCAACCCAGCUUUGCCGUCAGGGCAAUUAUUUCUCUUGGCAUUUUAUAACGGUCAUCGUCAGUCUUGGAGUCAGUUCCAUCCAAGUCUUGUCUUCGAUAGCUCCCCCGUUUUCACAGCUCAGACAUAUCGCGCAGCCCACCAUGUUCCCCACACUCAUCAGACGCCUUGCACAGGCGCCCAAACCGCAAAUACUCGAAUCCGCAGCCAAAGCCGCAACCGAAGUACCCAAAACGAAGCUCAAGAAAGUCUGGCCACCUGACAUGAUGACCAUGUCCCCGCAGCAGCAGCUCAGGUUUGAGAAGAAGUACAAAAGGAGGCUUAAGAUGGCUACUCUCCGACCAGGGUGGGAUAAGGGCGUGCGGUUGGCGCAAUACUUUACAAUCACAUUUGUGCUUGUAUAUACGGCCCUCUUUAUGGAUUGGAAGGAAAUGCCGAAUCCUUAUGGCGGAAUUCGGGAGUCAUUUUGGGGAUUCUUCGGCUCCUUUACCGAAGAUACAAGAGCGCUGGAACCUGCCCAGCAGCCCAAGCCCAAGAGACCUUAGACUCUUGGUUCCAACACCCUCCUACCUGUAUUAUAGUGUUCUCAUCAUCCGGAGUUCUGGCGUCGGAAUACCCUGCAAUAAAUGGCGGCCGUUUGUAUACCAACAUAUUGAUGCUUGGUUCUCGUCUGUCUUUUGGGUGUCAUGGAAAAUAUCACCUG